AUGAGUCCUGCUGUGGCUUCAGCUGUUACUCUGGUCCUGGUCCUGGUCCUGGUUCUGGCUCAGGACACUGCAGCCGGUGAUGUCACGGCGAGGGUUCGUCACAACUGUAAAACACGUUUUCCAGCCAGAGCGUGUGGAGACGGAUGGUUCCGGAUCGACGUGUACCGCUGCGCUAAAUACUUUUUGACUCCGAGGACAUUUCAAGAUGCAGAUGAUAACUGCCGGCUGCUCGGAGGUCGCCUGGUGUCGAUGCACAGCCCGUACGAGUACAGUCAGGUGCUGUGUUUGGCCUUCAGAGCAAACAAACGCAAAGACCAUUUCUGGAUCGGCGGCAGGAGCAAAUAUUUGUGGCACAGCUUUCAGUGGACCGACAAAACUCCGUUCAAGUUUCAGCGUUGGGGUUUCCUGCAGCCGGACAGGAGGUCAGGAGAGGAGUGUGUGGAGAUGAACUAUCAGACGUGGGGACUGUGGAAUAAUGCCGUGUGCACGGGGAAGAAGUACUACAUGUGUGCCAGGAGAUCCUGAUCAGCACCGUGUGAAGGGUUAAACUCAGAGUGGAGCUGAUGAGCUGAGCAGCAGACGGAUCAAUAACACCUUAUCAACAGAAACACACUGAUCCGGUUCUCUGUGUUUUCUCUGGGACACUUUCCAAAAUCUGCUUAAAAACACAUUAUUCAAAUGAGUGGGCGGAGGAGCCCUUACAGCUGUUUAUCUGCUCCAAACCACCAGCACUAUCCAAAUAAUAAUUUUCAUAUUUCAACUGAUAAACUGCCAAAAAUGACCCCAUUUAUUAGCCACAAACUGGAAAAACAGAAAUUAUCAUUGGAUUUUCAUGUGCAACAAACACACAAAAAACCCAUACUAAACUCUGA